AUGGAUAGCGACGCUGCAACUUUGAGGCGACUGAUCGACCAAGUCGAGCAGAUGCGACAACAGCACGACACCGACUUACGCAACCUACGUGCACAGCACGAAAACGACCUAGCGGCAAUUCGGGCCGCCAAUGAAGUAGACCUCGCAGCACUACGCGCCGAGAACGAGCACAUUCGCGCUCAACUACCUCGACGCCCCUCUAACAACCCGCCUCACGAGAGCAACGCUCACGAGGAUGAGGCGCACUCAGCCUCUCACUCCCGGACGACAACCAAGGCACCAACUUCACGUCCCACCACGCACCGGGUUUUUCCGACCUCGCUCAGGGGAGCUGCACUCCCCUGGUACACCCAGCUACCCGCCAGGUCCAUAGACAGCUUCAACACCUUAAUCCAGCGGUUCACGGUGCAAUACGCCAUAAGCCGACCUCACCACACAACCUCGACCACUUUGGCCAACCUCAGGCAGAACGACGACGAACCUCUGCGAACUUUCAUGGAGCGUUUCUCUAGCAUCUCGGUGAGAAUCAGAAACUUAAAUCCCGAGGUCGCCUGCACUCCAUGCUCAUGGCCCUCAAGGCAGGCCCCUUCGUUGACAGCCUGUGCCGGAAUCCCCCUCGCGACUUGGACGAGCUCCGUGCUCGCGCGGCCGGGUACAUCUAGAUGGAGGAGCACUCCGCUUUCCAUGACCAGAGUCCACAUCCUAGAGGAAGCCAGCAACAUCAACUUGUUCGCCCUUCCACCACCGGGUCACACCCCCAACAGUGCCGACAAGUCCAAGCACUGUAGGUACCACAGGAACUAUGGUCACACCACGGAGGAAUGCCGCACGCUCAAGGACCGUAUCAAAGAGCUCAUUCAGGCAGGCCACCUCGGCCAAUACGUCCAGCGACAGCAGGGUAACCGAGGUGGCUACGGCGGUCGGGGACGAGGUAGAGGCCGCGGUUCGGGAACUCGCACCGACCCACACCCAGGCUCUCAGCAAAAUGCCAGCGGCGCAGUACAAGCGGAGAUAAGUCAGGAAACAGAAUCGGCUCCCUUACAGGGAGUAAUCAACACAAUUGCAGGUGGCUUUGCAGGGGGAGGCGCCAGUAGCUCGGCUCGAAGAAGACACCUGCUGAGCAUCAACUGCAUCCACUCUACCACCUCGGCCCUCCACCAAAGCUCGUCGCCGAUCUCCUUCUCUAACGAAGACUACGCCGGUGUCAGCCCCAACCAAGAUGACCCCAUGGUCAUCGUUGUGGAAAUAGCUAACUGGAAAGUGCAGAAAACACUCAUUGACCAGGGAAGCUCUGCCGACGUCCUCUACUGGCCGACUUUCCUCAAGAUGAAAGCGAACCCUAAAACGAGCAAAUGCAAAUUCCGAGGUCGAAUACGAACCUCGACACUUUUGUUAAAGGUCGAAACCGAACCUUAG